AUGGAACUCUAUGGAUACGAGGCCCCUAGCUUUGCUAAUUCGGUGUUUGGUGAUAGCAAAGCCCCUCAAGCAAAGGAUAUGGUGCAGCAAUGUCAAGAUAUUUUGAAGGCUUUGAAGAACAACCUCCAGAUUGCACAGAAACAGCAGAAGUUGUACGCUAAUCAGCAGCGUAUAGAGUGCACAUUCAAGGUUGGAGACAUGGUCUAUCUUAGGCUUCAGCCUUUCAGACAAUCUACUCUCAAGAAGAGUGGAGCGGAGAAGCUCAAGCCACGUUUCUAUGGGCCAUUCAGAGUCAUCAGGCAAGUUGGUGCAGUGGCUUAUGACUUCAAGCUUCCGGCAAGUAGCAAGGUUCACAUUGUCUUCCACGUGUCUCGCCUCAAGAAGGCACUUGGCCAGAAUGUUUUGGUCUCUUAUGAUUUAUCUCCAUUGGAUGAGGAAAGACAAUUGGUGUUGAUUCUAGAGGAGAUCAUUGAUUUCAGAGAACGCUCCUUGAGGAGAAGGACAAUCAAGGAGUAUCUGGUGAAGUGGAAGAAUUUGCCUAUGGAAGAUGCUACUUGGAAGAAUGAGGAGAUUUUGCAGCAUUAG